AUGGGUGCUAGUGCCCAUGAGUUUCAUCUGAAAGCAGGUGGUGAGGCUGUACAGAUAAGGGGUAGUCCUUCUGGCCUGGAAGCCGAAAUGCAGCUUAGGGAUUUGAAUAGGGUCAGUGAAGACUUGCUUGUUCAGACUGAGGAGGUGCUACAGAAGGAGGCAUGUCAAGAUGCUCAAUUUUGGACGCAAGUUGGUGCCUUAUCUACAGAUGAUUACAUGUGCAGGCUGAUUCAAUUGGCAUCCCCAUUAGUGCCCUCAUCCAUAUUGGAUGUACCUAAUGAUAUCCUGUUGGUUAUUGCUGACCUUGUUAGGCCCCCCUACCAGCUAGAGAGGAUGCGGCUGGUUUGCAAGGCAUGGAGAAACUUUCUUGAAAGUAGAUUGGGGCCUUAUCUUGUCAUCUCCUGUGCAAACCCUACACACCUUGAUCAAGUUCAUCUUCUUCAGCUUCCGGAGGCUCCAGCUGCUGCUGCUGCCAUGGUACCAAUGCUUGCGAGGUCCUUUGAUCCCAUCCUUCCGCCGGUAGGGACAGCUUGUUGGGGUUCUGCUCAAGGUUUGAUUGCGAUGGUACAUGGUGAACCAUAUGAGAGAAUAAUAUUCUUAAACUGCAUUCAUUGUGGUGAAAGGAUGCCGCUUCCACCCUAUGCAGCGGAAAUGAUACCGAGGGGUAUUUUCUUUAGAGCUGCUGCUCUCCAUGAUCACCUUGUGAUUUCAUGGGUUCAUCAGAUUGAUCAGCCCCAUCUUUUGAAUGAUGCUAUCGAUUGGAAUGACAUUGAAGCUGGGAAUUAG